AUCCAGGACUUCAUUCGCGAUUGCCGGGACGAGAAUAUCUGCAUCUACGGCUUCACCCUCGAUAUCUAUGGCUUCGCCCAAGAGCAUUGCACCAUCAUUGACGUCGUGGAGCUGGGUCCGGCGACCACGCAUUCUUGGUACAAUGUCCCUUGCGAAGAGUUCCCAGAUUGCCACAUCUCUUGGGGAUGGAACUACGACGGCGACUUCACGGUCAUGACCGUCGUCCACGUGCCGACGCAAGAGGUGGCGUACUUCGGGUAUGAUCAUCCUAAUGUUGGACUCCCAGUCGUUCAGUAUCCGGAUGUGGGGCCGUAUGCUGUGGGGUGGACUGGGGCUCCAGCUUGA